GACGCGGCGGGGCGGUCGGUUGGAUCCACGGACGCCCGGCUGAAGAUGGCUUGAGCGGCAAGGGGGGGAAAAGGACAACUUUUUCUCCGCUUUGGCCAACUAAAAAUGCUAGCAAGGCUCACCAUGCUCACACCACUAUUCUCCUGAGCUGCUGAGUUGUGGGUGAAAAACCAGACAUCAUGGCAAACGUGAAAGUUGCCGUCCGGGUCCGUCCUCUCAGCGCAAGGGAGAGUGCGGAUGGAGGACGGUUAGCCGUUAAGGUGGAGGAUAAAUUUGUGAGGAUCCGAAAUGUAAAGUUGGAUGGGCGUACAGAUGGAGCUGUAGAUUCCAGGGAGAAGCUUCUGGAGUUUUGUUUUGACUACUGCUACUGGUCGGUGGAUCCUGCAGACCCUCACUAUGCCUCUCAGGAGGAGGUGUUCCAGGACCUGGGUGUGUCGGUGCUGUCCGGAGCGUCUGAGGGCUACAACGUGUGUCUGUUUGCUUACGGCCAGACAGGAUCUGGGAAGACGUACACCAUGAUGGGGACACCGGAGUCCAUCGGCUUGACCCCUCGUAUUUGUCAGGGUCUCUUUCGAUCUGAAGACACUUUUCCUGAUGCGCAGAACUCAAGCAGAGUGGAGAUCAGCUUCUUGGAGAUCUAUAAUGAGCGAGUAAGAGACCUGCUGCGGGGAGGAGAGCAGAAGAAGAGGGCUUCCCUGAGAGUCAGAGAGCAUCCCGAGAAAGGACCGUAUGUACAAGACCUGUCUCAGCAUGUGGUCUCAGACUGCAAACAGGCCAUGGACCUUCUGGAGGAAGGCAUCGCCAACCGCAUCACCGCAGCAACACACAACCACGACGCCAGCAGCAGAUCCCAUGCCAUCUUCACUAUUCAGUACACACAGGCCAUCCUAGAAAACAACCUUCCUUCAGAAACCGUCAGCAAGAUUAACUUGGUGGACUUGGCUGGGAGUGAGAGAGCAGAUCCCCACUACUGCAGGGACAGACUGACGGAGGGCUCCAACAUCAACAAGUCGCUGGUUACUUUGGGUAUUGUCAUUUCUGCUCUUGCUCAGAACUCCCAGAUGUCAAGCAGCUGCCAGAGUAUCAACAGUGUGGCCUCUGAGGGCGACGGCAGCACAGUGGGAAGCCACAGCAGCUCUCUGUCUGGGGGAGGAGGUGGAGGUGGGAGGAGGCACUGCUUCAUCCCCUACAGAGACUCUGUCCUGACCUGGCUCCUGAAAGACAGUCUGGGAGGCAACUCCAAGACCAUCAUGAUUGCAACGGUCUCACCCUCCGCUAACAGCUACAACGAGACCCUGAGCACCCUGCGCUACGCGGCCCAUGCCAGAAAUAUUGUCAACAAGCCUCGGGUUAAUGAGGAUGCCAGCGUUCGACUGAUCAGGGAACUGAGAGAGGAGAUUGACAGGCUGAAGAGCAUGCUGCUCAGCUUUGAAAUGCAACGUAAUCCCAGUCCAUCCCUGAGUGAUGAGAGGGAUGGAAAUCUUUCUGAGAUCGUGCUACAGAACGAACUAAAGGUAGAGCAGUUGACCAAGGACUGGUCGGAGAGCUGGAGGGACAAAAAGGAGCUGCUGGAGCAGUACAGUGUGGACAUCAACAGAGAUCGGGCCGGUUUCCUCAUCAGCUCCCUCCAACCUCACCUGGUUGCCCUUGAUGGAGAUGUUCUCAGCACUGGAGUCGUCUUUUACCACCUCAGGGAAGGAGUCACUUGCGUCGGACCUCAGAGCCAAUUUAAAGAACCACAAAUAGUCCUGCAGGGCAGCGCCAGCUGUGAGAUUGAAAACCACGGGGGUGUGGUAACGCUCAGACCGCUGCCUGGCUGCGUCUGCCUGCUCAACGACAGAGAGGUCACCGAGCCCUGCAGACUGGCCCAAGGGACAGUGAUUACCUUGGGAGGAGUGCAUAAGUUCCGCUUCAACCACCCGGCAGAGGCAGCUGUCCUUCGGGAGCGCAGACGGGCCAGUGAAGGAGUCAUGACCUGUACCUACACUGAACUUUGCCCCUUGACCCCUGGCGACAGUGUCGAAGAAGCGAAGCUCCCACAGCAGCAGGGUGCCUGUCUCCCUCCCAGUGAGGAGCCUUCUGCCAGGCAGCGUGUGGAGGAGCAGAAGCGCUACGUGGAGAAUUUGCGACAGGAGAUUCAGGCUGAACAGAGGAAGGCAGAAAGGGAGCUGGAAAGGGAGCAGGCCCACCUUCGACAGCAGCACACUGAGAUCCAGCAGUGGAUUUUACAGGAGAAACAUCGCCUGACGACCGUAGAGCAUAAAAUCACCCAGGAGUCUGGAGUUCAGGCAGACCUCCUCCCUGCGCCCCUCCUGGAGAGGCUAACAAGUGAGGUGUCCAGGGAUCAGGAAGAUCCUACAGUGCAUUGCCCUUCCCAGGUGGUGAGGGCCAGGAAGAAGGCAGUGCAGGAUGAGCUGCUAAAGCAUCACGCCCUCUGUCGUGCCGAGAGCCGCAUCCGUAGGAAAAGACUGCACUACCAGCUGGAGAGAAUCGCCAGCAAGCGGCGUUUAUUGGAAGCAAAGAGGGAUUUACAGCAGCUGGAAAAGGCCCUGCCAGCAGGACCGGACAGCCCAGAGUCUCCUGAGCUGGGAUCGCCAACAAAGCUCAGAGGGCGACCGCUUGUUUCUCGCAGACAUUCAUUUUCGGCAGACCUUUUGUCCCGGCUGUACCCACAGCACACACCUAUAUACAGGCACUUCCUCAAGAGAAACAGAUCCACAGAGCUGACUUUAAAUUCAUCGACAGCGUCUGAUUCCAUUGGCAGCAGGAAGUGGGUUUCAGAUGAGUGUCUUCCUCGGCAAAGGACCCAAAGUUGCUCUGGCUCCAUCUUCUCAGGAAGAAGCCAGUCCUGUCAGAAGAGAGUAAGCUCCUCUGAAAACAUCAGGCAAACCGCCAAAGAGGAACCACAAACUCAGCCGUGUAGGGAACGGCCAGAAAGGAAACCCCUGCUGCCAAACCGAGACCUGUCCUUUAAGAACAGAUCGGACCAGAACUCAGCUGUUACACUGAAGUCGCCACUUGGAACUAGUUUGCUGCCUGUAAGCAAAGAAAAUAUACAAGGAUCUACAGCAGACAAACCCGCUUUUCAGAAGGCCCCUUUUAUGAAUGGGAAAACCUCAUACGAUGCAGAUAAAAGCAGACUAGAAACCAUCAGCAAGUCUUUAUCUCGUUCUGUGGGACCCAGGAUAAAAACAGCUCUGUCCAAAGUGUUCAGAAAACCACCUACAGGUGUAAAUGGAGGACGAGUCCCAAAACCACUAUGCAGGAUAGCAAGUAAAUUUUACUGGAGACAAAGAAGAGACAAGAGCCUUAAAGAUACCAAAAUGAGUCAAAGCAAAUGUGCCAUUAAAACUGCUGUAUCAUGUGAGGAGCUUGACCAAAGGACUCUGUCUAAGAGUGUCAGACAGAGGCGGUGGCAUAGCACCGAGGCUCUGAUGAACCGGACCAGCAGGUGGAUAGACAGGCAGCAAGAGUUGGCUGGAUGGGAGGAAGAGCAAGAAAACAGGGAUGAAGGUACAUCAGACUGUGAGAGCCUUUUCUCUCUUGAUUCUCUAUCGUCUGCUUAUGCGACAGCUCUAGCAGAGCAGCUGAGGCGUGAGGAUACAGGUCAGAGUGAAGCAGAAAGCGAAGACAGUCAAAUGUCUAAAGAUUCAUUGACUAUGGAGAGCAGUGGGAAAUUCUCAACAGUGCGGAGACUGAAACAAGCAGUGGUACCGUCCUACUCACUGGUGACAGAUUCUGCCCAUCCAUCCAUGCAGCACAAGAGGACAGCAGAGACCAGUUUAGAUGAGGACCACUGCCAGAAACCUCUGGCGAUCCCAACAGAGGCAUAUUGGAGCCAGCCAGGGUCCCCAAAGACAAGAGAAACUGAUACAACAAGGAAGCCUCUUUCUCAAAGCUCAUUAAUUGCAGAUUCCAGAGGUAAAGACACUGUUCAUAAAUUGACUGAGGAGUUUGGGAACAUGCAAACCACUUCCACCAGCAGCCCACGCUCUCUAAGCAGCUGCAGUGUGAUGGAGCCAGAAAAUGUUCUGGUGCUCACUGAUGCCUGGUCCUCCACAGAUGCAGCAGACAGUCCCAGGAUUCACAGGGAAUCUCUACCAUGCCAAAGAAAGAUGAUGUUCAGACAUGCAGAGAGCAGCAGCAGCAGCAGCAGCAGUAGAAGCAGUCCCAGUCCGACAAGUAUGAAUCUGUCGGACUCACAGAGUGGAUCUAGAAGCUACAGUUCGACAUCCACCAGCACUGAGGGUGUACAUGUAACAGCGCUGGACCACAGACUUGAGGCUUCAAAGGACUGUGUAAAUACACUAGAAGAUCCCAUGAUGUCAGGUAUUCAGAAGGAUGUAGGACAGUAUGUAGAACAGUUAAAACAAUCCAAAGAAGUGAGAAAAACUGUCACGGAUACUCCAGACCACAACUCCAAUGAGCAUCCAGCUUCUUUGCCCACCUCAGAUCAAAAUGCAUCUGUCUCACAAACUAAGAUUCCCCAAACCACUCAAGCACCUUCAAAUUUGCUUCAGGUAUUUGCAGAUACACCUAACAAGGUGGCUGCUGACAUUACAAUGUCCUCCGACACUAAAUUGGGCACCUCAGGACAUCAAUCGAUAAUGCAUUUCUCUACAAAUUCUACUAUCCAAGGUCAAGCAGUGAAUGAGAUGCCCGGUGCUGCGAGUCCCUUCAAAUCUUCAGCUGAAACAGAAGUACUAUGCAAUCUAUCUGGUGCAGCAGCAAAGUUGAGAGACGUACAGCAGUGUCAUUUUAGGAAUACGGAAGAUGCGUCAUUUACAAGAGAUGAAACCAAAGGCACUGACGAGUCCAUUGCACUACAGCAGGAAACUGUUAAAUCGGCUUGUAAAAAUUCCAGGAAAAGGAACAAAGACCAACAGGAUGCUUUUAUGGGCAGCCUGAAAAUUCCAAAAAGGAGCAACAGCGGGGAGUUGGCAACUUUCUGCUGUAUGACAGGAGAAAGCCAGGAAGAUAUUAGGCCUGAUGACAAUAAUAACACCGACGACUCCAAAGGGGAACAAUCUGCCGUAGAAACUGACAGCCCUGAAUUUGAUUCUGGUUGUUUUGGUGGCAGCGUCAGACAAGAUACGGUGUCUUCAGUUGCAUCGCCAGUGUCUGAUCUCACGAGCCAGAAACUUAAACCAAGUUGUCAGAUAUUUGAGGACACGGAGUCUGGGCUUAAACGUGGUGACAGAAAUUCACAGAGGGAUGCGUCUAUGGGAGGUAAUCCGGUAGUUGGAAAGGCAACAAUAAAGGCAGUACCUGCAGAAACUAUAGGGGGAGAGUACCAGAUUGAUAACUAUGAAAAACAUCAAGAAAGCAGAAAACACAUGUGCAAGUCAGAUGCCAUUUGUAGCGCUAUUGAUCUGAGAAUCUCAGAAGUGGUGAAAGAGCACAUGAAAUUGUCACUGAUUGGCAGUGAUGAUGCCAGGAAGAGCAAGAGUCGAAGUCUGAAUGCCUUGUCAUCAUCUGCAUGUUAUCUCAGCUGUAGCAGUGAUGAAGAUAGAUGGACGGAAAAACGUCUGAGAGAUGAAAGUGGUCAUCAAGCGAAAGAAGGAACAAACCUGAGUGAACAUCCUUGCGUUGAAAGAGCGAUACGCACAAAUACAGUGGAACACGUGGCAUCAAAUGUCGAAGCUGAAUUAAAGUCAAACAAUGAGAGCAGAGUGCUUAAAUAUUCUGAAGUAACACAAAAGACUGACAACGCCCAUAACUUUUCUGAUGAAACAUCAAACAAGCCAGUAUUCAAUCCUUGUGUUUUCCAAAACUCAUCUGCUGAAAAAGCAAACUUGCAAUCCAUUCUGAGUCUGAACAGCCAAGGAGGGUGUGAGCAGUCUGGAAGUUCCACAAUUAGUUUGUCCGUGGUGAGUGAUGCCUUUUCAGCAAGAAAAUGUAUUGAUUAUCACAGAAUCACUGUGGAGACAAAUGCUUUAUCUCAAGAAAUGACUGAUGAAGGUAAACACAAAAUAGAAUCUCAUCUGAAUCUGGCAAUCGAUGAUAAAUGCUCCAAAAAAGUGGACAGCCAGACCUGCUCAGAUGCCUCUGUUUUAAAUGCUGACCCCAUCUCUGAACCCCUGGCUCAGCACCCAAGCCCACAACCUUACCAAAUCCCCCACGAAACACUUUCCACCACUGGUCCCACAAAAUUGAAAUGUGACUGCACUGUUGUUGAGGAUGUCAGUAUGGAAGCCUCAUCUUGUGUUGAAAAUAUAGACGAUCAUUCAUCCAAACAGAACUCACCAAAGAUGGCUGGACAUCUUUUCCAAAACAGCCCUGAAACAGCUGGAGCCAUUAAGUUAUUAGUCGAUGGAGGAUUACAUCAAUUCAAACCAGACAAAUAUCACAACAACAAAAACAUGGUUCCUUCUGGCCGCAUUAAAAAAGAGGAAACAGAUGCGAAAACAGGUGGCAACCCUUCCAACACAGCACCAGAUCAGUCCUGUCGACAAACUCCUUCAGAUAACUCGGCUCAGACUUGUGUGGUCAACUUGAAUUACAAAAACAAAUGCCCAAAACUGUCAAAUUCACAGUGCAAAUUUGAUAAAGGUACUCAAAUCGACUGCAAAGGAGAUCAUGUAAUGAAAAGCGACAAAGAGACUUGGACACAUCAGGUUGUGCAGCAGCAUCCACCUAUUUCAACAGAGUCAAAAAGUAUCUCUUCUUCUGUUCAAGAACACAAGAUACCACAGGAAAAUGGCAUCAGAAACACAAGCAGCAUUGGAUCUGUAAUGUCCAAACAGGCCAAGGUGAGCACGACAGGUGAUGCACUGUGUAACUCUGUUGUUAUGCCUAAAAAAGCCAAGACAAAGAGGUUCAGAAAGUCUAACAUCAAGACUCAUCCCACUUCUUCCUCUGACUCCUCUCUGAAGUCAUCAGAUGAGGAUGAGGAGGAUAACAGAGCGGCUAGAAUGCAUCCCAGCCGGCUGACAUCUAAAUGGGUUAAGCUGGGCACUCAGAACAAUGCCAAACAAAGAUGUAACGAUGCAGAUACUUCAGUGUCAGUCAGCAAAUCUAAAAUGAAGAUUUCUCCUAAUGGGAAUUCUGUUAAAAGCGAGGUUAAAUGUAGCAAAGAUUACACCCAAAAAAGGCGCUCUUUACCUCCUCAAGCAGUGUCACAGAAGACAAAUGUAGAGAAAAUGAGCCCGUACGCAAAGAGACACGACCCACAACAUGCAUCAAAGUCUCAGGACUCCCCGAUUCAUUUUGCAUCCAGUGACAUAAACCCUUUCGUUCACCAGUGGCAAGACGACGACUCAAACCAACACUGCUAUAAGAACCCGACAUUCGGAAGCGCCGCUGACCUCUCCUGUAAAUCUCCGCUUUUAAACAGCUCUGAAAAACGUAUAACACGGUGCUGCAGUGUUGAUAAUGGAUUGAAUGGGCAGAACUCCCCUUUUAAUUCCCACCUCAGCACAUACGCCACCAACAAGGGGCUGUCCAGUACGCUCAGCAGCAUUGAAGACUAUAAAGAACAAGCGACCAAAACAUCUCAGCUUAGUCAACAGACAUCUGUGGAUAUUCGCAGUCGCCUCGCUAAUCUGACAGUGAACAGCAGUUCUUCAAGCAGCAGUGUUCCUGGUUUUGGUAACAACUCCAGUCAGGUGGAUGAAAUCAUGUUUGUUUACUCCUCUGAGCAAGAGUCCCAGGCGAGUAGUACACAGGCACAAAGGAGAAAAACAUGUGAGCACAGUACUCAGACUGAGAGUGGGCUUCAGACGGUCAAUAACGCUAACAACAGUGGUUCUCUGAAGAGGAAAGAUCGCCACAAAAGGAGCUACACAGAUGUACCUGCGUCACAGAAGACCAAAGUGGAUAUUAAAGAAUCUCCAACGUGGGCCAGUAUGGAAACCAUGUCAGCUCAUCUCUCCAAGCUGAUCGACAGCACCUCGGACCUGCUGGGGGAUGUUCAGGGAAUGAGGACAGGUGAAGCCCGCAAGUCCACUUCAAGGAAGAACUUGUCAGAUGUUGGCAUCUCUUACAGCGAGUCUAAAGACUGCAUCAAGAGAGACUGUUCCACUCAAACAGCCGCAGAUGUUGCGAUCCAGACUGAAAGGCUUUUAGCAGAGAAGGAAGCUGGUGUUUGUCAAACACCCAGAGAAACCUCAAAAUCUCAUGAAGUCAACGUGAUAGUCAAAGUCAUUGGUUCUGAGGUCGUCAGUGUCUCCCAAGACAAGAAUAUGCACUGUGUGGUGAGAACUAAAGCCAACACAGAUGAAAAGAUGAAAAGUAUGCCUGACCUGAGGUUUAGCACCUCGGCUGCCUCCUCGCAGUCAGAGAAUGACCCUCUCAAAACACCUCAUGUAAAAACUGCGGCUGACUGUCAAAGACGUGUAAGAUCUGCUUCAUCUCGAGUGUCAAAGCAAAGCACAUGUGAAGAUCUACCUGAAAUCACCCGUAGGCCAUCGAAGAACUGCUGCCAGGAAAAUCACAGCUCUUCCAAAACAAAAAACACAAGUGCUUUUAUAAAGAAACAGGCUACCUACACAGACCGUGCGUCAUCUCCUAUUCUUACUGUUGGAACCAGGUUACGUAUGAGGCACAAAGGAAAACAAUCAACACCAGUGUGUCCUCCAAAAUGUAAGGAUCGAAAAACAAUCAGUCCUUCUGAGGAAGACAGCCUCACUAGUCCUUCUGUUUCGAAUGACAAUCAACUGACCACCCAGGAUGGUGAUGUUUCCUCGAGUAAAUCAGAAUCUGUGUCGCUUGAGAAGGUGAGUGAAAUGAGUGGCUCAAGUCCCAAAGGAUCGGAUCAGUGCCCUUCAAGCCUUACUUCAUCACUGGAUAGAUAUACAGACACUGACAGGGAAAGAGUUAACUAUACAGACAAGGGCAGCCACCAUCCCAGUUCCAAAUGGCAGAUGACCUCCCCACCAUGGAGGACAAACAGUUUAAUUUUGCAGAACCACACUUCUCCCAUGUUAAAACUGCAAGCAUCAGCUUUCCCAAGACCUGCAGUAGAUUCUGGGGGUUUUUGCUUCGAUUCCUACAAUCCAUCCCCGCUCAGCAACACGACUGAUCGGCUUCAGGAGGAUGACAUGGUGUCACUGGCACCCAGUGAAUGCAACACCGAUGUCCUCGUCAACACCGAACCUGUCACCAGCGUGUUUCCUUGUGAAGACCCUCAGAGAGUCCCAGAGGACCUGCCCAUGCACAAUAAGUUCACCAACUGGUCGGGCGUCAAUCGUCAACAAUCAAAAUGCUCAAACAAAGUGACCACGUUUCUUAACAACGACCACUGCAGGAGCAGAAACUGUGCCGAAUGGAGUGAGAUGGAGAGUUUCGGUUCUAAUGUGGAGUCUGUGGCACCAACAGACAGAAGGGCGAGAGAGAUAGUGAAGCUGCGACAGGAGAGAGAGCAGGUGAUGGCAUCAGUCAGCCUCAACAUGAACCCGACACCUCUGACUGUGGAGCUGACAGAAGCCAAGCUACAUUAUGGUCUGGGAGAGACGGAUGCACUGUUGAAGAUGCUGUCCCCGAGGUCCAAAGAAGGGCAGGAACCAUCGGCCUCUGCUCCCACGAAGCAGCAGCUGUAUGAUCGGCACCGCAGGAGCAUUGAAGGCUUGAGGCAGGAGAGGGAGGAGCGCCUCCAGACUUGUCGGAGAGCUCGUAGUCUGAGUCCUAGCAAACACCCUCGCUGCUCUCCUCAAGAGGCUGUUUCCUCCUCCAAGGUGGCUGCUGCAACGCCAAGUCGGCGCAAAGAGUACCUCCAACGGCUCCGCCAAGAGGUGGUAGACAGCUCCAGAGUGCCAGACCCUCCGAGAGGAGAAGGGCAGUGUCCGUCUGACAUUGAGCAGCUGUUGCGUGACUACAGCCGAGCCCGGGAAGAAGCCAGGACGGAGAUUGCAAAAGCCCGAGAGCGACUGCGGGAGAGGACGGAGCUGGAGAAGAGACGGCUUCAGCAGCAGGCCCUGUCUCAGGAAUUCAAGGAUGACUUGAGGCAUCGGACGAGGACCAGCAGCAGCACUUUGUGCACAGGAUCCAGUCUGAGUCUGUCCUCUGGACCAACAUCGGGGUACAACAGUGGCAACACCACUCAGCUACAACACGGCAACAGAUCAAUUUUAACCGGACAGAUCACAUCGUUGCAAGAUGAAGGGCUCAAGGUCAGGACACGGCCUCCUAUAUGUGGUCCUCAGAGUGUGAAGACACAGAGAGGCUGGCUGUCUGCCCAGGAUGUCCGCCUUGACCUGCCUGUCAGCGGGUUUGAGCCACUCAUGACUUCAUCUCCAUCACCUACAACUUGUGCCCGUCAACGCACCGCCUCCUUCGGCUCCUCCUCUUCCAUCUCCACAACCUACCAGGACAUCACUUCCAGUCUCCUUGGUCGUGCUCUGGCUGAGGUGCGACUUGCUUCUUCUGGGGAUUUGGGCAACCUGGUGAUGGGAAAAGCCACAGCAGGCUGGAGGUACCAAGGAGAAGAAAGAGGAAUUCAGGCGUACUACAAGCCCUCCACCAGCCCGUCUGUCCACGGUUUCCUGGGGGUUGGGGAGCUGAACAGACCCCUGGACAGCCUGUGGAGCGUGAUCUGUCAGCUGUCCAAGAGCCACUUGUACAAUCAGUCCGUCCGUUCUGUUUGGACACGACCACUAGAUGACAGCACUCAGCUGGUUUACAUUCUAACAGAUCCGUCCACCUGUCACCUCAGCCAGCCGCGGGAUUUCUGCUGCAUCAGCACUGAGUCCAAACAGGGUGGCCUGUGCGUGCUGGCAAUGCAGUCUGUGUUCGAGGAGUCUCUGCCUCGUCCCAGUGUCGACGCCAUCCGGGGGGAGAUGAUGCCCAGUUGUUGGGUCCUGCAGCCAGUCAGACGCAACGGGCAGGAAAUCACCAGAGUCAUCUACCUGCUACAGCUGGACCUCGGGACUCCAUCUUUUCCUCACCGACUCUUGAACGCCGUCGCCAGAAGACAGGCAGCUGUCGUCGCUGAUCUCGACGCUUUCGUCUCUUCGUAAAUCCGCCGGACGCACGAAGACGCUUUAGUGAGCACUUAAACUGUCUCCAGCAUGGAGUUAGUCCGUCUUUACAAUUUGCACCUAAAAUUUAUUUACUUGACUUUUGUUUUUUUAAUUAUUUUAAGGGCACUGUUUUGUUUAUAUCCAGACACAGAGUUGAAGCAGCUGUUUUUUUUUUUUUCUAUGAAGGUAUUUUUUUUAUAAAGUAUUGAUAUUUUUGUAUUCGUACGUGUACAGGAAUGCUUUUAACAAUCUAUUUUACCAAAGAUUCAUCAGAAGUUUAAGUGAAGGAUUUGGCAUUAGAGAUUCUGAUACUGAAUUUAGGUUUAGAUCACUUAUUUGGAGCAAAGCUACACCUCAUCCUUUCAUUCAGUCGAUAAGAAAGCUUAUUGAUUCUGUUAUAGGUGUCUCAAUACAGUAAUUUAAAGUGACACUGAUUUGAUAUAUAUUUACAACACUAGGGUGUUUGAGGCAUUGUUGACUGUCUAUCGGUCUAAUAUAGAUAUCUGCAGCCAGUUCCUUUCAAGUUUUAAAUUCACCAAUGUGCCUCAAAUACAAAUAUAACAUAGGACAUCUUUAACUGUACCCGAAAUGAACCGAGAGAAUAUUCACAAACCGCUCGCAAGUCCUUCUGUGCUGCAUUUGUGUACGGAGAAUAUUUCCCGAGGCGCUGCACAUUUCACCGCUCAAUGACCUUAAUUCAGCAGAAAAUGAGUUUCAAAUGUCCUUGGGAAAAUGAAAUGUAUGUAAGCUGUGUAUUAGAUUGUAGCUCCGUGUAGUUAAAAUGCAAACCCCACCUGAAGAAAUGGUGCUAAAGAAAUGAUUGUGUCUCUUUAACCAUGAACUGUGUUGUGUGUCUUGUCUGUAUGUGCACUGCAAAUGUUAACCGCCGCUCUCUCUCUCUGCCGAAAUGUCAGACAAAAAAAAAAACAGUUUUGUAGCAAAACAAAGAGGUGGCAAGUUGGAAAAUCUGCAACUUUUUGGAUGUAACAAGUCGAAGGGCAAGUAGCCGGAUCAGCUUUGAACCAGAAGUCGCUGGUUCGUGCCCUCGUGUCAGACGUUCAGCCUUCUGAAGUGUCCUUGAAAUGUGGAAAAAUAAAAAGUAGCUCUGAGGCAGAUGCUCACAUACUUCAUGGUACCCCGAAUCUGCAUAAGCUGAGUUUUAAGGGCUUCUUUUCUCACGCAUUUCUGAAGUUUAGUAUUUAUUCCCUUCCCCGUUCGCCUUCUGUUUGAAAUGCUGUUGAGUGCGUUUUAUAGUUUUUUAUGAGCAAAGCUGUUUACAGCUGCGUGCACAGAACUUUUUUUUUUUUAAUGCGUUUAUUAAUAUUGCAUAUGAAAAGUGAUUGUUGUUUGUACAGCGUUGAUACUAUGCAGAAGCUGAUCAAAGGCAGGACUGCUCUCAGUCAAAGCUGGGUCACCACUAUCCAGAUAUGAAGCCAUACUAUUUACAGUAGAUGAAGGUUCACGACGGUUUUGGCUGCAGCUGCAGCGCUCAGUUUGACUAAACGAAGGAACCAAAGAAAGACGAGUUAAGUGAAGGAACGCAGCGGUAACUUUUUGUACUGAUUUUUUUUAUGUUAAUCUAUAUAUUUUUUAAGUUUGUGUAAAAAGUCUUGUUAUUUAUGUUUUGGCAGUGUGUUGUACAUGUGUUUUGACUAUGAAUACAAUGCUUCUGGUUGCUAAUAAGCUGAUAUUUGGUCGUGUUUGGCCAUUUUUUAAUGAAAACAAUAAAUAUGUUUAAGUGAAA